AUGAGAAAUACUAAAAUACAAACGGCUACAUUUCCAAGGAUGGCAGAAGAGGUCAUCAAUGUCACGGCUCAGCCUAUGUCUGAGCCAGUCCACAACACAUCUAACUCCAUCUUUCUACAAACAACUACUGCACAAGUUGUCUCAGGCAUUUUUGUUUGGACUGCCCUCUUUAUAACUUGCCAACAAAUAUAUCAACACUUGCGCUGGUAUACAAAUCCGUCGGAGCAGCGAUGGAUUGUGCGUAUAUUGUUCAUUGUGCCGAUAUACGGCUGCUACAGCUGGAUCUCGCUGCUGUUCUUCAUGGGCGAUUCAUACUACGUCUACUUCUUCACAGUCAGAGAUUGCUAUGAAGCAUUCGUGAUCUACAGUUUCCUCUCGCUCUGUUACGAGUACCUGGGCGGCGAGGGAAACAUAAUGUCGGAGUUGCGCGGGAGGCCCGUGCGAGCGUCCUGCAUGAAUGGCACGUGUUGCCUCUCUGGCGCCACGUACACGAUUGGCUUCCUUCGAUUCUGCAAACAGGCCACACUCCAGUUCUGUCUGAUUAAGCCCGUCUGCGCUUUCGUCAUCAUUUUCCUUCAGUCGGCUGGCCACUAUCACGAUGGAGACUGGACACCAAACGGCGGGUACAUCUACAUCACGAUCAUCUACAAUUUCUCUGUUAGUUUGGCGCUCUACGGCCUCUUCCUGUUUCUCGGCGCCACUCGGGAGAUGCUCAAACCAUUUGAUCCAGUCCUGAAGUUCUUUACCGUUAAAUCUGUCAUCUUUUUGUCCUUCUGGCAAGGUGUGGCUCUGGCUAUCCUCGAGAAAGCGGAAGUGAUAUCGCCGAUUAUAGACGAGAACGGCAUCCCGACCACGGCCGGUACGGUGUCCGCGGGUUACCAGAACUUCCUCAUAUGUAUUGAAAUGCUCGCUGCGGCUAUUGCGCUGCGGUACGCUUUCCCCGCGAGCGUAUAUGCGCAUGCGCAUCGUGACCCGCAUCGCUCUGUCACCAUGCAAUCUAUCUCCAGCAGCCUUAAGGAGACAAUGAACCCGAAGGAUAUAAUGACGGAUGCGUUCCACAAUUUCCACCCGCAGUAUCAGCAAUACACACAGUACAGCUCGGAUGUUACUUCCCACCUGCCUUAUGAGAAACUUUAA